UCGACCUGGCCAUGACUUGAAAAUUCAAUUCAUAGCAGUGUGACUUGUGAGUGACUUCGACCAUCUUUACUUGAACUUGCGUGACCCUGAAGGGACUGAGAUGAGAAAAAAAGUCACCCAACGGAUUCGUCCGUCCUCGGAUUGAUUUUCGGCAAUGAUUGACUCGUUGGGUUCUUGCGCAAUGUGAUCUCCGUGGGCCUGCUCGUCCUCGUCCCCCCCACCCCACCCACGGAAACAGCUGCAGUUAAAGACGACCCUGGUCACGUUAUGUUGUCAAUAUAUCGCGUGGAACUAAACUGCAAGUGAGGUGAAUGCAGGUCAUUGCAAACAUGCUCCCGUGGUUGCUUCUCGCAGGGUUUACGCUUUUCCUCCUAUUCCGCUUCCCUUACUUGUACCAGGACGUCAAAUUCAUGGUAACCCAUCUGCGAAUCCGACGCAAAAUCUUCCAGCACACCCAGAACAACUACACUAUCGUGGAGCACUUUGUGGAGACGGCGAAAAGGCAGCCGCACAAGCCGCUGCUGCUCUUCGAAGAUGAGACGUUCACGUACCAGGAGGUCGACCGGCUCAGCAACCGGGCCGCCAGGGUGCUGCUGGAAAGCGGCCUCGUGAAGCAAGGCGACACGGUGACUUUGUUCGCAGCCAACGAGCCCGUGUUCGCGUGGCUCUGGUUGGCUGUGCUCAAGCUCGGAUGUUCGGCGGCCCUCCUCAACUCCAACAUCAGGUCCAAGUCCCUGCUGCACUGCUUCAGGUGCAGCGGCGCCCAAGUCCUGCUGGUGGCUCGAGACCUGCAGGGCGCUGUGGAAGAGGUUCUGCCAGAACUUCUCGAGCAGCAGGUGACGGUGUUCUUCAUGGGGAGCACACCCGCCACUUCAGCCAUGCAGAGUUUCACUGAAAAGAUGAGCCACGUGUCAUCUGAACCUAUCGGCCAAGAUUUAAGAUCCCAUGUGAACAUGCAAAGUCCUGCUGUGUAUGUGUAUACAUCCGGGACCACAGGUCUCCCUAAGGCCGCUCUGCUAACUCAUAUCAAACUGUGGCGCCUGACUAUGGUUCUCCGCGCGUCCGGCUUGACCUCCGACGACGUUCUAUACAUCAGCCUCCCUCUCUAUCACACCUCGGGGCUUGUCGGGUUCACAGGAGGCAUCGAGUUAGGCCUCACAGUUGCCCUGAAGAAGAAGUUCUCUUCAUCUCAAUUCUGGGAUGACUGCAGGAAAUACAACGUGACCGUCAUACAGUACAUCGGUGAAAUCAUGCGUUUCAUCUGUAACACACCAAAGAAACCAAACGACCGAAGUCACAAAGUAAGACUCGCAAUCGGCAACGGCAUCAGAGCCAACGUUUGGAGGGAUUUCGUAAGCCGCUUCGGAAAUGUUCGAAUCCUGGAGCUUUACGGCGCAACGGAGGCGAACUUUUUUUUCAUGAAUUACUGCAACAAAAUCGGAGCUGUGGGACGAGACAACUUCUUGUACAGAUGGCGCUAUCCCUUCACACUGAUCAAGUACGACGUGGACCAGGGGGAACCUCUGAGGGAUUCGUCCGGCCUUUGCAUCCCGGUUCCCAAAGGCGAGCCGGGCCUCCUGGUGUCCGAGAUAACCGCGAGGGCGCCGUUCUUGGGGUACGCCCGAGACCUGCAGCAGACGGAGAAGAAGAAGCUGCACGACGUCUCAAAGAAAGGAGACGUCUAUUUCAACACCGGCGACUUGAUGCUCAUCGACAAAGACGGCUUCAUUUACUUUCAAGACCGCGUCGGCGACACUUUCAGGUGGAAGGGAGAGAAUGUGUCCACUAAUGAAGUGGCGGACGUCAUCACUCAGGCUGACUGCAUUUCCGAGGCCGCCGUGUAUGGCGUGGAAGUGCCAGGCAACGAGGGAAGAGUCGGCAUGGCGGCCGUAGCGCUAAAAGACGGUCACGCGUUUGAUUGCCUGGGCGUCUUCAAGCACAUCGAAAGCUUCCUGCCCACCUACGCCAGGCCCCGUUUUAUCCGGAUUCAGAGCUCUUUGGAUGUCACGGGAACAUUCAAGCACGUGAAGGCCAAGUUGGUCAAGGAGGCUUUCAACCCUUCUGCCAUAAAGGAGCCGCUCUAUUUUCUGGAUGACAAGGAGAAGAGAUACGUCCCGCUCACAACGGAUAUCGUGCACGCGGUUAUAUCAGGCAGCAUCAAAAUUUAACACUUUUCUUGCCGAAUGUUUUAUUUUUGUAUUGCAUUUGUACCAUGAGGACUUUUUUUCUGCUCUAAGUAAUUAAUUAGUAACCAAAAGUAAAUGCGACAAACUAUCACCGUAGCUUUUAGUGCGCACGGCAUAUGUCAUCCCAGAUUCAAUGUUAACAUAAAAAAGAGGAAUUUCUGACAGAAAUGACCGUUUAAGAAUAAAUGUCUUCUAUUUUGUAUCUGUUUUGGGAUGACCUACAAACACACGUGCACGAAAUUAUCACGUCUUUGUGAUGUGAAGGAGUCAAGUAGUACGAUAUGAAUUUGCUCCCCUCACCGGGUCAGGGUGGCCACGCUGGUUUUCGGUUUUUGGAGCACUACUUAAGAUCCCAGCAUAGGCCAAAUGUGGUAUAUUUCUUCAAUUUGUACAGUUUAAGACAUUUUUCCAUCAUAGAUUCGCUGUCAAUCAUAAAAACUGCUGCUCUUUUCAUAACAUUUUGAAAGGUUUGUUGGAAACCAACUACUUUUUAUACAAAAUCAGGAAUUUGUUUUUAAUAAUUCAUUUCACUGUCACUCAAUUCUUGGCCAUUAAAUCUG